AUGAUUGAAACAUCUGUUUCCUUGAAGGAACAGAAAUUUGAACCAGGUCCCUCAGAAACCAAAAGGAAUAAGGAAGCGAGUCAAGCAUUCUUCAAACCACCUCCUGCCUUAGAUAAUAAAAACUUUAAGAUGGGAAUGACAUUAUCUGAAGAUGAAAACUUUGUUGACGUCAUGGCCAAGAAAUUAUCAAGAUUAAAUUUGUCAGAUAAAGGAAAGGGUCCUCAAGUGUCGGUUCUCACUGAAAGGGAAAUAGAUAACCUUGAAACAAUGUUUAAAGAAGAACAACCUGAAAUUAAUAGGUUAAUAAUUGAGAAGAGGUUUACUCAAACUACUACCUUAGACCCACACCAGUAG